CGUAAUAUUAAGCAGCUCAGACCUGACAUCUUAUAGAGUUUAAGAUUUAUUUAUGUUAUGAGCUGCUGCUCACUACUGACUGUUUUACUAUAUUAUUACAACGAGUUUUAUACCGAGUGUUAAAACAAAGUAUUAGCCGCUAAACUAAUUACGUUGAAAUUGUCAGUGACGGGUGCAUGCCUAAUGCAUUUCCACCUAAACAAACAUACUUGGUCCAAGUGGAAAGUAGACCAGUACAGCUAAUAUUAAUGAAAAUGAAUCAUGAUGAUUUACAAAACAUUCCCGUUAAGAACGAAGGGUGUCCUAUUGUAGCAUCAGAAUCAACUAUCACCAAUAGCGAUAGUUUCCUAUUGGAAGAAUCACCUUUAAGCGAUGAUGAAAAGCAAGAUGGUGAAGAUUGUAUUCAAAAACACAUCUGUGGUAAAUGUCACAAAUCGUUUAGACGAUUUAGUGAGUUUAAAAAACAUUCGGCAUUUUGUCAGUUCGAUAGUGAUUACCACUUACGAAAAGCAGAUAUGAUGAAGAAUACUGAAAAAAUUGAGAGGGAAGCAAUUAAUAUGGAGUCUACUUCCUGUUCAUCGAACACAUAUAAAACAAUCAGUUGUGAGGUGUGUAAACAAAUGUUUUCUCGUUUAGAUAGUUUACAAGAACAUUUAAAGCGUCAUCUGAACACACAAUUAACUAAAACAGAAGAAAAUAUGUGCCCCAUUUGUAAAAAUUGUUUUUCCAAUUUAUCAAUUUUGAAAAAGCAUAAACUUGAACAUAGAGGAGAUCGUCCUUUUGCUUGCGACUUUUGCGAUAGAAAAUUUCCCGUAUUAAGUCUAUUGAUAAAACAUCGUCGUUCUCAUACUGGCGAAAAACCAUACACAUGCGCUGAACGCAACCAAAGUUUUUCUGCUAAGGGAUUACUCAACCGUCAUAUGAAGCUACAUACUAGUGAAAAACCAUACACUUGCGCUAAAUGUAAUCAAUGUUUUACUACUGAAGAAAUGCUCAAACAGCAUACGAAACGACAUACUGAUGAAAAACCCUACAUAUGCACUGAAUGUGAUCAAUGUUUCGCUAUUAAGGAUUCGGUCAAUCUUCAUAUUGAACUUCAUACUAUCAGAACGCCUCACGUUUGCAAUGAAAGUGGAAUAAGUUUUGACACCACCCGACUACAUAUUCAACAUCCAUUUGACUGUAAUCAAUGUAAAGAAAAACUCAAAUCCAGUAAGCAAGACGUUGUUCCAGAACGGCAAUUGAUAACAGAUGAAGGAUCUGAAACAACUACAAAGCAAUUGGUAUUCGAAAACGAAGUAUGUAGUACAGUAGAAAAUCAGAGUAUAAAAAUAGAACCCAAAACUAGUAUCUCCAAAGGUCUACGUGAUGUCAAUAUAAGCAAUCGACCAUUGGUUGAAGAGGACACUACUGUACAACAAUUAAAUGAAAAUGAAGAACCUGAAAGAACCACCGAGCAAUUGUUAUUAAACAACGAAUUAUACACUAUUAUAACACUAGAAAAUGAGAAUAUUAAACUGAAACAAAAAACUAUUAUCCCUGAAGAUGUAAUUGAGUCUACCAAUGAAGAUCAAACACUUGUUAAAGGUGAAGUUGUUGUAGAAGAAGAAGUAGAAGUAGAAGAUAAUAUAACUGAAAUAGUUACAGAGCAGCUGUUAGAAAAUCAUGAAUCAUGCAGUGUUAUUACACACAAAACUAAGAGUAUCAAUAUAGAAACUAGAAAUGCUAUUCCUGAAACUGGUAUUUCUUUAAAUAGCAUAACAUACGAUAUACCUUCAAUUGAUAAUAAUUUAGCAAAGCAAGUUAAAAAAGAUGAACCACAUCAAAUAUCUAGACAGCAACUAUUAAAAAAUGCAGAGUUCACUGUUACAACGCUAGAAAAUAAGAGAAUAAAAUUGGAGUUAGAAACUGCUAUUCCAGAAACUGUAGUUGGCACGGUUGCUAUACAACAAUCUAUUAAAUUUGAAGCAGCUGAAACAAAUUCAGAAGAAUUAUUACUAGAAAACGAAUUAUACAGUGUUAUAACACUAGAAAGUGAGAACAUAAAAAUCGAGCCGGUCGCUACUGUUUCAGAAAGUUUGACUGAUGUUAUUACAGACGAUCGAACAUCCAUUGCAGAUGAGAUUUUAUUGUUACAAUUCACAGAAGAAGAAGAAUUUGAAAAUAAUUCAAAACAAGUUAAAAAUUCAUCUUGUUCGUUGAAACAACACAUUAAAGAACAUAAAAGUGGUGAUAAUAUUAAUAAAUCUGCAAUUUUAAAAAAGCGUAAAGGUAUACAGCAAGGAGAGGGUCCUUUUACUUGUGACUUUUGUAAGAAGAAAUUUCCGGUGUUGAGUGUAUUGGAAAACCACCGUCGUUCUCACACUGGUGAAAAACCAUAUACCUGCACUGAAUGUAAACAAUGUUUUGCUCAUAAGCAAGCACUCAAUCAUCACAUGACUCGACAUACUGGUGAAAAACCCUAUUCAUGCACAACUUGCAAUAAAAGUUUUGCUGUUAAGGAGUCACUCAAGCGUCAUUUGAAGAUACAUACUGGCGAAAAACCCUUUGCAUGCAGUGAAUGCAAUCAAUGUUUCGCUAUCAAAGAGGCACUAAAUCUUCAUAUGAGGCGACAUACAGGCGAAAAACCCUUCACAUGCACAGAAUGUAAUCAAUGCUUUUCUCGUAAGCAAGCACUCAGUGCUCAUAUGAUGCGACAUACUGGUGAAAGGCCAUACAUGUGUACUGAGUGUAAACAUUGUUUUGCUCGUAAACAAGGACUCGAACUUCAUAUGAAACGACAUUCUGGUGAAAAACCCUUUAUAUGCACUGAAUGUAGUCAAUGUUUUGCUACUAAGGAAUCACUAAAUCGUCAUAUGAAGCUGCAUACUGGUGAAAAACCCUUUACGUGUCCUGAAUGUAAUCGAAGGUUUGCGUUCAAGCUUGCCCUCAAACGUCACAUGAGGCGACAUACGGGUGAAAAACCGCACACAUGUACUGAAUGUAAUAAAAGCUUUGGUGUUAAACAAGAACUCAAACGUCAUAUGAGGCAGCAUACAGGCGAAAAACCAUACAAAUGCACUAUGUGUGAUCAAAGUUUUAAUAUUAAGGACUCUCUGAAUCGUCAUAUAAAUCGUCAUACUGGAAUUAAACCCCACACAUGUUCUGAAUGUAAUAAAAGUUUUACAGUUAAGGAAUCACUAAAUCGUCAUAUAAAACUGCAUUCUGGUGAAAAACCCUACUCUUGCACUGAAUGUAAUAAUAGUUUUGCUGUUAAGCAGGCGCUUAAACGUCAUAUGAGACAACAUACUGGUGAAAAGCCCUAUAAAUGCACUGAAUGCAAUGAAAGUUUUAAUGUUAAUGACUCUCUUAAGCGUCAUAUGAGGCGUCAUGCUGAAGAAAUUCUACGAAUACAACAAAUGCAAUCAAAACUUUUUUCUUAAGAGUUAAAUCAGUUGUCGUACAAUACAACACAUUGGCAAAAGUUUGUAAUUAAUAUGGAUUAAGUAUUUUGUUACUACUGUACUUUGUAAUCAUAGCAAAACUCAUUUACGUUCAAUUUUCUGUGGACCAUAUAAAGAAAUAUUCAAAACAUUCAAAUAUGAAGCACACGUUGCUAUUAUCAUUUUACACCAGUUUGGUUUUACAAACUAAAGCAGCAGAAAUCUGGUAUAGAUUUCAUUUUAUUGGAAGCGUAAAAACGAAACCCAGGAUGAAUAACAGAUUUAAGUGCAACAGCGGAGAAACUGAACAUUUACAGAAGUUUUUAUUAACGAAUUAUUCUAAAAGAAUAUAAAGUUUUAGAAUUUCAAAGAGUAAAUCCAAAAAGAGUACAAUGGUGUAUUCGCAUGGCAUAGUUGUUUUCUAUAGAAAAAUUGUUUUUACUUAUGUAUGGAUAAAACGUAGCCAACGAUUUGGGAAUUUUGAUUUUAAAAUUGUAUUUCACGUUAAGCUUUGAAUAACUGAUCAGUUUUUUUGUCAGAUUCCGACGACGUUAUGUAAUUUAUCCAUACUACGUUGUUAAUGUAGUUAACAAUCAAG